AUGGACCACUCGCCGGACCUGAUUCUGAUCGCUCGAAAAUUCACCGUCAAUGUGGCCACAUCCAUCGCCGUACGCAGUCCACGCAGACCACCCUUCCACACCUGUGUGUUGUGGAUCGUAUUCACGAUUGUCACAAUUUCCACUCGACAACAAUCCACCAAGACAACAUUGGCAACGACCAUUGUCUGUGCUCUUGACAUGGCUGAGGUCAAUCAAUCUUCCUUGGACAGCUUGUCGUUAUCAUCACACAAUACCGACAAUUGGAAACGCCGGCUACUUCGCUACGAAACCGACAUUGAGACGAAACAUGGAGUUUCUCCAGAAAUCCCUGGCAGAUUUGAAUUUAGUGGCAACGAGAUGGCGUUGGGAAUGGACCGUCUCACGGUGGGUUCCAAGGCGUUGCAGGAUUUGCUCGUGCAAGCUGCCAAUGACCAAAAUAUCCCCGAGCUCUUGAAGGACGCCAUCUUCAAGGCUGAUGUCUUUCUCGAGAAAUCCAAGGAGACGACAGUGGAAAUUCAGGAGGGCCGUCACCGUCGAGCCUUGUUGGCAGAACCAACAGAAGAAGAAACCAAGAAUCCGCGCCGCCAAACACACCGGCUGGCUUCCCUCCAGCAUCCCAAAGCGCGCCAUCAUAUCAAGAUCCAGGAAGCUCUCGAAGGAGGCGACCAUUCCAUCCACACAAAGGCUCACGACAAAUUAAAUAGGCACCUCAAAGACAGGCAGGGGACCCUCAGGAAGGCUCCUUCGGUCCUCUGA